AUGGCGCCUCAGUCAACAAAAUUUGCCCUGAUCACAGGGUGCGGUGCCGGUGGUAUUGGAGAGGCCCUCAUCCUAGAAUAUCUGCGCCGCGGCAUCCACCCUAUCGCCACACUCCUCCCCUUCGAGUCGAGCGAGCAUCUUGACAAAGCUGGCAUUACUUGGUUCAAACUGGAUGUUACCAACGAGGAGUCCGUUGUUCAGUUGAAGAAGGAUGUUUCUGAGCUGACCAAAGGCCGCUUGGAUUUCCUUGUUAACAAUGCCGGCAUUUGCUACACAAUGACAGCCAUUGACACCGAUGUCAAGUCUGUUCAACGCAUGUUUGAUGUCAACCUGUUUGGGCCCAUGCGAAUGGUGCAUCAUUUCCAUGAUAUGCUAAUCGCGUCCUCUGGCAUCAUUGUUAACAUUGGCUCCAUUGGCGGUGUUGUGCCAUUCGUUUAUGGCUCAUCCUACAACGCCUCCAAGGCAGCUCUUGCGCACUGGGGUAACAGUCUGCGCGUAGAGUUGGCACCGCUCGGCGUCAGAGUGUUAGUGAUCAUCUCCGGAGAAGUCGGCACCAACAUCCUAAAGAACGACCACGGAAGGACCCUGCCCGAGGGGUCAUACUACUCUCCUAUGGCCGAAGAGUUCAAGAACCACGUCCACAGGACGCCCGAUGCUGCCACCGAUCGCUUCGUCUACGCCAAGAACGUCGUUGGCGAGUCCCUCAAGAAGUCCCCCACAACAUGGUUCUGGACAGGGAGCUACUCGGGCGUCAUUCGCUUCUUGCAUACCUUCUUCCCCAAGACAGUGUUUGAUCGCUGGUUCUCGAGCUUGUUCAACUUGGCUAAGCUGAAAGAAGCGCAUGAUGCGGCGAUGAAGAAGAAGGUGGCUUGA